AUGCCGCAUUAUGAUCUUACCACUCUGUUCCGCCUUUGCCUCGUGGUGUGGGGUUCCUGCCAAGCUGCAGAAGGCCCAGCUUGGUAUGAAUUCGAGUCUGUGAAUACGCAAGGCCUCAUGGGUCAUCAAGCCCCCAGCUUCGAUGCCCUGCUUCAAUCGAUUCCGACACCGAUUUUACGAGACUAUGAUAAAGCAAGGGUGAGCACGGCAGUUCAACCCACCUACCCGAACUCAAAAGAAUCACCAGCAACAAACCCAGUCGGCAGAAACUUUCGGGGCUUUGGUUGGCCAGCUACGAGCGAUGGCGGUGUCUCAAUCCCAUCAAAUCCAGCCUCACAAACUUCCUCCGGUCCGUAUGAUUUGUUCCCGACAAAUGCUCAUCGAACACAUCCAAUCACUGCAGUUCAGUUUGAAACCUCGCAAUCUCCCAGGAUACCCACCGGUGAUAAUGGAAUUACCUUGCGAGCGCAGACACAAGAAGAGCCCGCCGACAACAAUUUGUCAUCAAAUGUUGGCAUCGAAAUAGCUCCAUUUCUUAGAGCGACUGAUGCAGGACCAAGGAAUCAAUGUUCCAGUCCUGAGAUCGCUGAUAAUACAAGAGUAUUGUAUCCUGGGCCGGAUGACAUGGCCCAAUUGAGCAAAAGGGUUAAAAUUGAACAUCCUGCAAGUUCAACUGAUACUGAUACCCAGAGUUCUUCAAUUCAAAAAUUAUCAAAUACGCCGUUCAUAACCUUCAAAAAUCACGGAAGCCACGAAAUUGAUUUUGGUUUGAUGGUCCACAGUCCAAUGAGAAGAGGUAAACGGACGUCAAUCCCAUCCGGCAGUGGUCCAAGCAACUACCAACACCAGAUUCCUUGCUUUCGGCAGCAGGAUAUGAUGUUCCAUGGUAGACCAGCGUUCAAAAUUGCGACCAGCGUCACUCUCGAGCCAGUUAAAAACCCCGUGAACAAUCCCAGCGACAUUCUCAGAAAACCAACUCGAAUCAAUUCACCGCAUCUUUUCCCGCAUGUUUUUGGAAUUCAGGAGAAGACGAUCUAG